AUGGAUCGCAUUAGUGAAUUGCCUGACGAAAUCCUAUGUUAUAUCCUAACAAUGUUAUCCAUCAAAGAUUUGUUGAAAACCAGCAUUCUGUCUAGAAGGUGGUGUGAGCUUUGGACUCUAUGGAGAGAUCUCCACUUUGAUAUCUUCCACGUGCUUGGAAAGACCAAGGAAGAAGUAUUACAUCUUCCUAGUAAUUCUCCUAUGGAGAUACAAGUCCAUCGAGAUAUCAAUAUGGAUGAAUUUGUAAAACGAGUAGAUCAAUUUCUCAACAAUUUUCAAGGCACAAAGAUAAAUUCUUUCUUUGCGAGCUUCUAUUCAUAUGAUAAACACAGUAAUAUUAUUGAUCAAUGGAUUAGUUUUGCAAUUGCAAGGGGAGUUGAAACAAUCAAUCUAUUCUUAUUACCAAUUAUGCCUUGUACUUAUGUUACUCCAUAUGAACCAUACAAGUUUGUCUUUGACUUAUUUUCGGAGACUAAUGCUUCAACUCUAAAGCAUCUGCGUCUCGAACAAUGUCUUGUUUGCCAUCCCACCAAAUGUGACUACAUUCCUUUCAAAAAUUUGAGAUCUCUUUCACUUUACCUUUCAAAAGUGGAUGAAAUGUUCAUUGAAAGUCUAUUAUCAAAUUGUAGAUGGCUCGAAGAACUUCACUUAUUUGGUUGUGAGUUCAGAUCAUCAAUGUCAAGUAUAGUGAGUCCAUCCUUAUGUUAUCUCAAGGUUGGAGCAUGCUUUGCUAUAUCUGACAACAUGCCGAAGAACAUAAAUCUGAGUUUACUAGAUUGCCUUAAACUCACUUCAUUGGAGUACCAUUCAUUGUUGUACGAUGGAUAUAGUUUGGAUACCUUGAACAUUAAUACCCCAUUGUUGAAGAGCUUUCACUGCACUGUUUUUUAUGCUGAUGAUCCUAAUCAAUAUGCAAUCUUUGAAACUCUUUCUAAACUUGAGAUUAUGAGAUUGGACAUCAAUUUAAAGGCUCUUAUUUCCCUAAAAGAAAUUCAACCAUUCAAACAUCUUAAGCAAUUAAACAUCAACAUUUUCCAGCACUUUGUUACUGUAGAACCUUCUGAGAUCAAUCUUUUGGGGAUUUUAAUCCUUCUACGAGCUUCUCCGCUUUUGCAUAAACUUUCUGUAAUGGUGAGUGAACAUGGUUAA